AUGACCUGUAUCAUGAGGAACACAAGGAACCAGAGCAGCAUAUCUGAGUUCAUCCUCCUGGGGCUCCCCAUCCGGCCAGAGGACCAAGGCUUGUAUUCUGCCCUGUUCCUAGUCACAUAUCUGACCACGGUCCUGGGGAACCUGCUCAUCAUCCUGCUCAUCAGGCUGGACUCUCACCUCCACACCCCCAUGUACUUCUUCCUCAGCCACUUGGCCUUCACAGACAUCUCUUUCUCAUCAGUCACAGCUCCAAAGAUGCUCAUGAACAUGCUGACACACACUCAGUCCAUCUCAUAUGCUGGGUGCAUCUCCCAGGUGUAUUUUUUCCUAUUUUUUGCAGAUCUUGACAGCUUCCUUCUGACAUCCAUGGCCUACGACAGGUAUGUGGCCAUCUGCCACCCCCUCCACUAUACCAGAAUCAUGAGUCAGAGCGUCUGCAUCUUACUGGUCUUUGCAUCCUGGUUCUUAUCCUUCGCUGGUGCCCUUGUGCACACAGUCCUUCUAGCUCGUCUCUCUUUCUUCAGAGGUAACACUCUCCACCACUUCUUCUGUGAUCUCUCUGCUUUAAUUAAGCUGUCCAGCUCAGACACUUCCAUCAAUGAGCUGGUCAUCCUCAUUGUGGGAUCUCUAGUCAUUACUGUGCCAUUCAUAUGCAUCCUGGUCUCUUAUGGCCGCAUUGGAGCCACCAUCCUGAGAACUCCAUCAAUCAAGGGAAUCUGCAAAGCCUUGUCCACAUGUGGCUCCCACCUCUCUGUGGUUUCUCUCUAUUAUGGUGCCAUUAUUGGGCUGUAUUUUGUCCCCUCAUCUAACAACACUAAUGACAAGGAUGUCAUUGUGGCUGUGCUGUACACUAUGGUCACACCCAUGCUGAAUCCCUUUAUCUACAGUCUGAGGAAUCGGGACAUGAAAGGAGCUUUAUGGAAUAUACUUGCAAAAGCAACUUUUUCUGUGUGA